CUCGGUAUACAUUUCACGUCUGUUGUUUAACCCGAUUUCUAUACCACAGACGGGUCGUAACAAUAUCUCAGUCAGUGUUGGAUGAUGGUACCAAGUGACGUCACUUCCUUUUGACCCAGUAACGACAAGGCAUUCUUUGAAAUAUGACGGCUACACAGAAGACUUUAGUAUUAUUUGUAAAUGGAGCGAAAAUUGUGGACGAUAAUCCAAAUCCCACGACAACCUUGCUGCAGUAUCUCAGACGUCACCUAAAACUAACCGGGACUAAGAACGGCUGUAACCAGGGAGGAUGUGGAUCGUGUACAGUGAUGCUGUCAUGGUGGGACAAGGCAGAACAACAAUUCCAACAUUCAAGUUUAAAUGCUUGUCUCGUUUUGGUAUGUCAACUGCAUGGGUACGCCAUUACAACGGUGGAAGGGGUUGGAAGUACAAGACAAGGACUCUGCCAAGUACAGAAACGCUUGGUGGAGUCGUUUGGUAUACAGUGUGGUUUCUGUAGCCCUGGAAUGGUGAUGACAAUGUAUACCCUGCUACAGAAUGACAAGAACCCAUCCGAUCAGUCUCUCGAGAAAGCCCUAGAAGGUAAUCUUUGUCGUUGCACGGGAUAUAGACCAAUAGUCGAUGCAUUUAAAACAUUUUGUAAAAAGGGAGAGUGUUCCAGUGGGGAUAUCGAGGACCUCUGUCGUGUGGACACCGACAAACAGGGGACAAUCCAGUUUCAGGACAGCAGCGUCUCUAAAAGUAGUGGUCAGUUACAAUUUCAGAACGAACUCAAGAAUGAAGCUAUGACAAGUGUAGAGUUCCGGAAUGAGCAUUGGAGCUAGUUUCGGCCUGUGAUGUUGGGAGACGUUCUUAACCUCAUGGAGCAAUAUCCUGACUGUCACAUCGUAAUGGGGGCUACUAAUCUAGGUGAACAAAUUAAAUCAAAGCGGAUCACUCACGGAACAUUGAUAUCGUGCACACAUGUACAGGAAAUGACGAUAUUUGAGCGAACAGACGAGAGCAUCACCAUAGGUGCCGC